AUAAAAAAAUCCCUCACAUUUAAUUCAAGAAUUCAAUUUAACUAACGCCCAAAAAUCACAAAAAAAAUAAAUAAAUUGAGUUUUAUAUAGAGAAAGUGGUAAUAAUAAUACUGUAAGAGAUCUGUUGCUGAUGGCGGGUUUGCAACUUGCAAUUGCAAAUGCAAAGACACUUCUUUCUCUGAACAUUUCCAACACAAUUUCUCUGUCACUAAACAACACCACCACCAACAACAAUUUUCAGAUCCCCAACAUCACCAAUCUCUAUGCUAAUUUCCCUCAUUUUUUUAAUUACCAAUCUCUAUGCAUUUUCUUUUUCUCAAAUCCAAAUCUCAAUUCUCUCUCUCUCUCUCUCCCUGAAACACUGAACUCAACCCUUGUCUGUUUGUUUCUGUUCUGAUUUCUUCUCCUUCCCCAAUCAAUUCCAUUCCAUAUGAUCGAUCUACUAUCAUCUAUCACCGUUCACUCAUCAACGGUCUGAUUUUACUCUCGUCGUUUUCCUCCUUCACUAAUUUUCACGCGUUUUCUCUCUCGGAGUAACAAACACGACCUCAUUUGAAUUACAAAUGCAGCAGCACAACACAGAAAACACAUUUUCCCGUGUUUUCCUUUUAGUACUAUUAUUCCAUUUUUACCCUCACUGACAACAAACAUUGUUAUUCUUUCUCAUUUUCAUAAUGCUUUCUUUUCCGGCGACGUAACCACCAUGAACCACCACCGCCGCAAACAUAAACCACUCUCAUUCAACAUCUUCUUCAGAGUUUGUAAUCUCGUUGGUAAAACAUGGGCUGCGGGGGCUCCAAAGUGGAGGAGUUCCCCGUGGUAACUCUCUGCAGACAGCGUAAACAGUUUCUCAAAAACGCCUCCGACCAACGCUACGCUCUCGCCGCCGCACACGUUGCUUAUUUACAGUCUUUAAGAGAUAUUGGAGAAGCUCUUCGAAAAUUCUCCGAUCAAGAUCUCUUCCUUCCAACUACUUCAACUCCUUCUUCCUCAAUUUCUUCCCCUGUUCUCACAUUGCCUUCACAAAAAGGUAAAUCCAAAAAUAGUAGUAACCGCCACAUUUCAUCUUCUUCACCUUCUCAUCAUGACGACGAUGACGAUGAUUCUCAUUUGCAUCUUUCUUCUGGAUCGGAGUUGAGUUCUCCUUCUUCAGAUCAUGUUCAUGAUCAUCAUCAUCAUAAUCGAACACCGGAACCUGAAUCCGAACCUGAACGAGAAUUCGAAUAUCAUCAGCACGAACCUGAACCCGAACCAGAACCAUCUUCUUCUUACGAGUAUAACUAUCCAUAUCCAUAUUCUUAUUCAGAAAAUUGGAAUCAAAAUCAAAAUCAAAAUCAACCAGGGGUUAAUAGUUAUGCAUAUUAUAUGAAGAAAUCUGCACCUCAUGGAAAACCUAUGAUUUACCAAGAACCAGAGAGACACGUGGCAGCAUCUGGACAAUGGACGGGUUCUCCUAAUUACGGUUAUGGUGGUUAUGGUUAUCCUGAUGUGAAUGGGAAUGCUGGUGGUUUCUAUGGUUUUCCGGCGGGGCCUUCGUCUUCUGCUCCACCGCCUCCUCCGGUUGCUCCGAAUCCACCUUCGCCGCCGAGAGUUUCUACUUGGGAUUUCCUUAACUUUUUUGAGACUGUUGAUAAUGGUUAUUCUGGUUAUGGAAAUUACGGGUUAGGGUUAGCGUCGAGUGGGAGUAGCCCUGAUUCGAAAGAGGUUAGGGAGAGGGAAGGGAUUCCUGAACUAGAAGAUGAAACUGAACAGGAAACAACAGUGAAGGAGAUUCGUCCUGAGAAGAAGAAAAAAGUGGCGGAGAAAGUGGAAAAGGAAAUGGAAAAGAAAAAGAAAAAGGAAGAGGUUGUUGGUGGUGGUGGUAGAGAUUUUGGGGAAGGAACUUCGAAUUCGAAGGAAGUGCCAUUGCAACAAGUGAGUAGUAGUGAGGGAAGUUCCAAAACAGUGCGUUUUCACAGUAGUGACGAUAGUGGUAGUUCGAUUACUUCACAUGAAAAAAAGAGUCAUGAUAGUGUUGUUUCUAAAGGAUCUCCGCGAAAGAAAGGGGUGAGUUUUGAAAUUGAUGCUGAUGAAGAAGCUGCUACUGUUACCACUGUGGAGAUUGAUGGCGAAUCUUCUAUUUUGAGUAGCUUAAGUACCUUGUCUCCACAUGGAACUAGAGAUCUCAAAGAGGUUGUUAGGGAAAUUAGAGAUGAGUUUGAGACUGCUUCGAAUCAUGGUAAAGAAGUUGCGUUUCUUCUUGAGGUUUACAAAGCGCCUUAUCAGUCAAGGGUUGCUGCAUUUCGAGCUAUCUUUUCGAGGAUAUUGGAGAUUGUAGCACCUUCCAGUCUGCCUUCUGCUCCUCCAUCUGGGCCGCCAAUCCAAUUCUCUUCUAGGACAAUGAAAUUGGCAAAAGCAUACUGCGGGGAACCUGAGAAAGAGUUAAUAUCAAAUCCGAUAAACCUUUCAUCUACAUUAGAGAAACUUUAUGCAUGGGAAAAGAAGUUGUACAAGGAAGUUAAGGAUGAAGAGAGGUUAAGAGCUAUUUAUGAGAAACAAUGUAAGAGACUGAAAGCAUUGGAUGAUCGAGGAGCUGAAGCUACUAAAAUUGAUGCUGCUGAGACAUCAAUUAGAAAGUUGCUAACAAAAAUAAACAUUUGCAUCAGAAGUGUUGAAACUAUAUCAGGGAGGAUACAUAAAUUGAGGGAUGAAGAAUUGCAGCCUCAGCUUGCAGCAUUAAUUAAUGGAUUGAUAAGAAUGUGGAAAUUCAUGCUCCAAUGCCACCAGAAACAGUUCCAGGCUAUCAUGGAGAGUAAAACUCAAUCUCUCAAGUUAAACGCUGGUUUGCAAAGAGAAGAAAGUUUGAAAGUCAUUAUAGAACUCGAAAGGGAGCUUCUGAAUUGGUGCACUCAGUUCAACAAUUGGGUUAGGACUCAAAAAUCUUAUGUUGAAAAUUUGAAUGGGUGGCUCAUAAGGUGCCUUCCUAACGAACCUGAAGAAACAGCCGAUGGUGUUGUCCCUUUCUCUCCAGGUCGGAUUGGAGCUCCACCUGCUUUCAUAAUCUGCAAUGAUUGGAAUCAAGCAAUGAAUAGAAUUUCAGAAAGAGGGGUGGCAGAUGCUAUGGGCGAAUUUGCUCAAAAACUACAUGAGUUAUGGGAGAGACAAGAUGAGGAACAGAGGCAGAAAAUCAGGGCAGAGUAUCUCACAAAGGAUUUUGAGAAACAACUCAGAGCUAUGCGCACCGAAAUGGGAAGCUCAAACCACGAGCAUGACAAAGUUUCAGGGAAGACUGCAUUGUCGAAGUUUAGUUCUGAUAGUGGUGUCUCACCGCUGGAUGAUCUAAAGGUUGAUUUAGAUUCUAUGAAGAAGAAAUUGCAUGAAGAGAGGGCAAGACAUAAAGAAGCCAUUAAACUUGUACGCGAUGCAGCUUCUAAUAGUUUACAAACUGGUUUGAUUCCCAUUUUUAAGACAUUAGAAAGUUUCACAUCAGAGGUGGUGAAAGCGCACGAGCAAGUUAGACUUCAAAAUGCUGGGGCCACAUAGUAGUGGGGAUUGAUUUGGGGAAUUUGUUAAGUACAUUGAAGAUUUAGAACUAACCACCAGUUUUGCAUCUAGAAUUAAUCUUGUUAUGUAGGAAAGACCUCUUAAAUUCAGAAACUAAGGUUUCGGGUGUAUAAAUGUCAGGACAUGGUUAUCUUGAAUUCAGCUCCUGUAACACCCAAUCUACAGUUAGGUAAAAUUUGUACAGAAUAAUUCAUUUAUUGAUUGAUUGGUUGUAGGUGAUUGUAUAUGAUGUUUAUUAUGCCUAGGAGUAGGAUCUUAGCAGGAGGAAGCAAACUCAAGAACAAUCAAGUGAAUUGAAAUAUGCUUUAAUUUCCUGCA